AUGGAUGCAAUUCUCAAUUUAGAACUUUUUGAGGGUGACAUUCAGGGCAUUGCAACAGUACCAGCACCUUCUGAACUUUUAAAAGAUGAACCACUGGAUUCAUAUGAAUACAUAUUUAAAAUUCCGUAUCAUAGUGCGUUAAAUUUGGCAACAUAUAAAGAUAAGCUAUGGCCUAAUGGUCGAGUGCCAUAUAUGCUUGAAGAAGGAAUGUCUUCAAUACAGCGAGCAAGCAUUGCGCAAGCUUUCGAUGAAUACAAAUACAAAACUUGCAUCAAGUUUUCUCCAAAAACUGACCAGGAUAAAGAUUACAUUUUUAUUAAAAGGAAUAAAGCUUUUGGAUGCUCUUCUUAUGUUGGACGAGCUGGUGGCAAUCAGACAGUAUCAUUAGAAGUUGACAAGUGCUUUGCAAAAGGAAUUAUAGCACAUGAAUUAAUGCACACACUUGGAUUUUUUCAUGAACAUUCACGUACUGAUCGCGAUCAAUAUGUUGAUAUCAUUGACGAAAACAUUCGACCUGGUAUUCGAAUCACUCCUAGAAAAUGUAAAUUACAAUCAAGUUCAGGAAUGUUACGAAAUUUUGAGAAAUAUCCAAGAAAAGUGGUUGAUACGCUCGGAAUGCCAUAUGAUUAUGAUUCUAUCAUGCAUUAUCAUAAACUUGCAUUUUCCAAAAAUGGCAAACCAACCAUUUUACCAAAAGAUCGUAGUAUAGAAAUUGGACAGCGAUACAGGCUGAGUGUUAUUGACGCUCAGAAAAUCAAUAAACUUUACCGCUGCAAUCAACCAACGACAACAGUUACUACUCGAACUGCAACAGAUGCUAAAAGUUUGGCUACUGAUGAUAAUUUAACCACUUCUAAAACCAGCAAAAGUCCACUCAUGACAACAUCACCGCAUGGAAAAACUUUACGUCCAUUGAGAACUAAAAAACCUCCAACUACGAUUAAAUUUGAAAAUACUGUUGCAACUACUGAAGCAGCAAAAAUUACAGUUUGUGAAGAUUUGAAUGCUCACUGUAAAAUGUGGGAACAACUUGGUCAUUGCGAACAUUCACUGAAAUAUAUGACUCAUUACUGUAGAAAAGCAUGUGGACUUUGUCCACAUUCGAAAACUAAUAAUACGACACGGCGUGAGAAAAGUGAAGAGCUAGACUGUAUAGACAAGAAUCUUUUUUGUAGUUAUUGGGCAGGCAUUGGAGAAUGUAAUACGGGAAGUAAAUUUAUGUUAACAUUUUGUAAACGAUCUUGUCAUUUGUGCAAUAACACUGUUUAUCAUUCAAAAGUUAUCAGCGCAUAUGGACUCUUACGAGGAUGA